AUGAGUCAUACAAUCACCGAAACACCCCCACCCCCAAGCUUCAAAGUGAAUUUUUCUUCCAUCUUCAACAAUGAUAUUAAACUUUCUCCUUUUGCUGAAGAAGGCAAACAACAAAAAUUUAUAUUAUUCAAUCGCGUUCCGGAAGAAAUUUUAACACGCUUAAAAGAAUCAAAUUAUAACGAAUUAUUACAAUUUAACAGAAAGAGUCCAGUUGAUUCUUUUGAUGAAAUUUGUGAAUUAAUUGACAGCCUAUCAGAAGAAGAACUCCUUAAAACAAAGAAGAAACUCCUUAUCGAUUUCCAGUCAUACAUUAAGGUUAGAAUUCCUAACAAGACUUCUUUGAAUCUCACUAGCAAUUGGCCUCCACAGGUCCCUAGACUGGUUGCGCAGGUCGACCUUGUACUUAAUUUGCUUAUCAGACUUUGUCUACACUCAAAGAGUCCAGAAAAAUUCUUAUUCUGGCUCACAAACACGAUUUAUCCAAAGCAAUUCACAAGCACAUCAUGCUUAAUCAAUUCAAAGAUCUGCGCUAUCUGCAGAUGCAUUAUCCCACCAGAUAAAAAGGCUUACUGGGCUGUUCUCGACAAUGAUCAUAUUUUCAAGCUUUAUUUACUCAGAAAAUCCGGUACAGAGCUUGAUUAUCAAGGCGAAGUCAGCAGAAUUCGUCUUGACGAAGAUCAGCAGUCGAUUAUCUUAACAGAUACCAACAAUAUCGACGUCAGAAGAAUUAUGCCAGUUGACAUCAACCAAGCUCAAAUGUGGGGUGCUGCUCUUAACAGACAACAUUCACCAUUCCCAUACUUCUUCUCUUCAUAUCAAAUUCCUUUACCACAGGAAUAUUAUCCUGCCCUUUUCGAAGCAAUUACAUCCUGCGAUCUUAUCAUUCCAAGAUGCGUUGCACAUCCAACUGUCACACCACCAGAAGAAUACGAACGUAGCUACGAGUUAAUGGAAGCUUUGUUAGAUUGCUACGCACACCUCGGCCGUGUUUCUUCAUUACUUCAAGUUUUAGUAUCUCUUGAACUUACAUUAGUUAAAGAUUCCUUCAACUGGUUCAGGAGUCCAUCAAAUCUCGGAAUAUUGGCAAAUAUUUUCUUUGCUCGUUACGGAAAGCCAUACUUUGACAACUUCGUACAAAAAUUACUCGAUUACGUUAAUUCCAAAGACGUUUUCGCCAAGGGAUUGAACGCAAAUCCAGAUGCUGUUAAAGUUCCAUUGUUUACAGCUUUAAAGCUCAUUUAUUCAAGCGGAGGCGCUCUUACACCAGAAAUCAAGCACUUCUCUCAAGUUUUGUUCGCAUAUUCUGCAAUCAAAUUCAACAAAAAACAAGAUGUCUUAAAUGUCCUUGCAAACUUCUAUUUAUCUCGCUUAAUACUUGGAACAAUCCAGCAGCCAGAAGUUUACGGCAGCCAAACCCAGAAAUCUCCAAAUCUUAAAGGAUUUAUUGAUAUCAUGAAAGUUGUCUUCUCAUUUGGCUCCUUCUCAGGACACCUUGAGCCAUUAAACGAAAGACUACAAAAGAACGUUUAUCCGAAAUUCCAGUUAUUCUUACUAAAUGCAAGUAAACCAACAGCUCCAGAGCCAAGCUACGAACCAGUUACACAGGAGAGGUACACAAAGAUGAUAGAAUCCGUUCUUCGCGCCAUUGCAUUCAAGAAACCAGGCCAAAAGGGUGGAUCUUUCAUUCAAUUUGUACAAAGGUUCAACGAAGCCGCUCAAGCUGAUUUCCAUGAAUCUCUUCCUAUCUUCAACAACCUCCACUACUUCAUUGCUCAAUUCUUCAGCUUCAGAACCGAUGAAGAUAUUGUCCAAGCAAUGAACAACGGAGAAGAUGUUGAAGCACCAAUGAACUACUUCGAGGAAGACAAGCCAAAGCAGGAGCCACGUAUCCAGUCACUUUUGCCACCAGCCGAGAUCAUUCCAGCACAGCCAGAGCCACAGCAACCAGCAGAACCACAGGCAGAAGUAACUGCAGGUGUUGCGCUUAAGAAGUCCGCUGGAAAGAAGGCUGCAGGAAAGAAGGCAGCUCCAGCCAAAGGAGCAGGUACAGCAAAGAAAGCAGCAGGAAAGAAGGCAGCUCCAAAGAAAGCUGCAGGAACAGCAAAAGGCGCUGGAACAGGUACAGCAAAGAAAGCAGCAGGAAAGAAGACAGCUCCAAAGAAGGCUGCAGGAAAGAAAGCAGCUCCUAAGAAGGCAGCAGAUGGAGCAGCUCCAAAGAAAGCAGCUCCUAAGAAGGCAGCAGAUGGAGCAGCUCCAAAGAAAGCAGCUCCUAAGAAGGCAGCAGAUGGAGCAGCUCCAAAGAAAGCACCAGCUAAGAAAGGAGCUAAGAAGGCCGCAGGAAAGAAGGCAGCUCCUAAAAAGGCUUGA